AUGCCAAGCCAAUAUGGUGCAGUAGAAACGGAGGGGCUUCUGGACAGAUUCCACAGGAAUCUACAUGCGGGACUGAUUAUCGAGAACAAGACGUCUGAGCCGAGAGACCUGCUGAUGACGGAAAGAACUACUUUGAGCUGGAUCAGGUUUUCAACGGUUCUUGCACUUGGUUGCUGCUCCGUUAUGCUAAAUUAUAGAUUUGAUACUGAUUCUAGUGACGAUGGCGAUAAUGGCGAUGGUGGAGCUGGUUCAUCGCAUUCAGCCGCCAAGCUGACGAUUGGAGCGCUGUUUGCUGCUCUAUCCCUCUUCUGCCUGAUCAUACCGGGAUACAACUACUUCAAAGCUGUGCGUAACUACGCUACUGAAAAGAUCGAGACGGCCGGUUCUGGGCCUGUAUUUGUGCUUGUGGCAUGUUCUGUUCUAUUGCUGCUGGGGGUGAACAUCACGCUAUUUGCCAAAGGAGAUUUCAGCUGA